AUGCAGCUCGCUACUCUCAUCCCAGUUGUCGCCCUCGGCAUCUCUGCCGUCAGCGCCGAGUACUGCACACAAGCUCUCGACCCCUACCCCCGCAAGGCCAGUACUGGCUUCCGUUUCGAGAGCGUAGAUGCAAACAACUGGAAGUGGACAUCCAGAGACGUGCAGGUGGUCACCACCGUGAGCCCACAGGGCGGCAACUGCCAGAUUCACCAGGGCGGCGGCGGCGGUGAAUUCUCCGCCACUAUCUGCAUCGACUUCAAGGGAAACUAUGCCUGCUGGGUCACACCAUCCAAGAACCAGGUGUGUGACAUGGUCUUUGAACAGGACGAAGCCCCUAUCGAUGUCUGUGGCAACAUCAAGAACAUUUGGGGAUGGGUGGCUUAG